CUUAAAACUCAAGGAUUUGGAAUAGAAAAAAAAAAAAUGGGACAGCCACAAAGCAUGCUUAUACCUCAUGAGCGGAAGCCCCAACCUGGCGAUCACAUCUAUAGCACAAGGGCCGGAGGUCUCUACGCUCACCAUGGAAUAUAUGUGGGCAAUGACAUGGUCAUUCACCUCCAGGGACCUCCCAAGGGAAGUGGGUCUUCUUCUCCAUGCCAAAAAUGUGGAUACAAGCGAGACUGCCAAGGUGGAAUCGUCAAGACUUGCCUUGAUUGUUUCCUUGAUGGUCGCUCAUCACUUGAGUUUUAUGUAUAUGGAUCCUCAAUUUUUGAGUUUAAUAUUAAAAAACGAGGCUCUUGUACUAUAUUCCAUACAAAGCCAGCCGAUGAAGUAGUUAAGACAGCCAAUGAUCUCCUCCAAGGGAAUGGCUCUAAAUUUAAGGACUAUAAUUUUUUUGCAAACAAUUGCGAAGACUUUGCGGUGUACUGCAAAACAGGUAUGGCCGUUAGUAUGCUGGCAGUGGGAGGGGUUGAAGCUGCAUCUAACAUCUUUGGAACAGGAAGUCUCUUUGGUAUGGGAGUAAACUUAGGAGCUGUAGGACUUUAUAGUCUUGCAAAAGCGAUCCACGAUGCCAAGACUGCUAAAUAGAGACACACCGCAAUAUCUGUAAGAACAAUAAGGAUUUGGUAAGGCCCAAAGAAAAAUGAGUGAGAGAAUAAAGCUUAGCUUGUUAGAUUAGCAUUUGGUUUAUAAGUAUGUGCAUGUAUCAUUUACUUAAAGAGUCGAAUCCAAAUAUUCCUACCCUUGAAUUCUA